AUAUGGACAUAAUCCUUUUCUUUGUUUCUAGAAAUGCGAAUUCCUCAAGACAGGGGUUUGAAUAGAUUAUUUUUCUUAUUUGCAGAUCGGUAGCAUUUAGAAUCACCAUGGCCCAUUCCGAAAUACCACCAGAGAAUAAUGAGAAUCCUAAUGAUUCAAAUAAUGAGAAGGCUUUAGCGCCCAAUUCCCAACCGCAACAAGAAUUGAAAGAAGGUGGUUAUGGUUGGGUCGUUAUUUUCGGCGUAUUCAUUCUUAAUGCCCAUACUUGGGGACUCAACUCUAGUUUUGCUGUCUUCCUAGCAUAUUAUCUAAGAUCAGGUACAUUUGGAGCGAGUCAGCUUGGGUAUGCAUUCGUUGGUGGACUCUCUAUUUCGAUAGCCCUCCUGGUUUCGCCAUUAGCAACUACCCUCAUUGGAUGGAAACGAUGCGGCACACGACCAACUAUAUUCCUCGGCAGCAUCUUUAUAGCGAUUGGCUUCGUUGGCUCCUCCUUCGCUUAUGAGUUAUGGCACUUGUUACUCUCUCAGGGGGUUUCCUUUGGCCUCGGGAUGGGAUUUUGUUUCGUCUCCUCUGCUUCCGUUCCGCCUCAAUGGUUUGUGAAACGUCGAUCAUUCGCAAAUGCAAUUGCAGCUUCUGGGUCAGGCUUCGGUGGUCUCUGUUAUUCACUUGCGACUAACGCGAUGAUCACAAAUAUAGGCCUGCCAUGGGCAUUUCGCAUUUUAGCCAUCAUCUCAUUCGUCAUAAACAGCAUCGCUAGCUACCUCAUUCGAGAUCGCAACAAAGCCAUCGGUUCUGUUCAUGUCGCCCUUAACUGGAAGCUCUUCAAGAGACUACCAUUCCUAUUAUUCCAAGCUUGGAUGUUGCUGUCGCUUCUCGGAUAUAUCAUUCUUAUCUUCAGCAUUGUCGAUUACUGCCAAUCGGUUGGCUUGACAGCCUCACAAGCUUCUUUAGUGGGAGCCUUAUUCAAUUUGGCACAAGGACUUGGACGACCCGCAAUAGGGUUAUCGAGCGACUCUAUCGGCCGGUUGAAUAUCGCGAACCUCUGUACCUUAUUCUGCGGUUUACUUUGCCUCUUCUUCUGGAUAUUUGGCGCCAAAAGCCUGGCUAGUUGCAUCGUCUUCGCUAUACUAAGUGGUAGCGUUGCUGGUGUGAUAUGGGCUACUGUUGCACCUAUAUGUGCUGAAGUCGUUGGGCUGGCUCUCAUUCCCUCUGCUUUAUCAAUGACCUGGCUAUUACUCGUUAUACCAGCAACUGUUGCCGAAGCUAUCGGCGUGAGCCUAAGACACCCCGGACCUGGGGGCUACCUCCGAGUCCAGCUCUUCACCGGAUUUAUGUACAUAGCUGCAUUCAUAUUCGGCUGGGGGCUCCGAGCUUGGAAAGUAUGGGAAUUAGAAAAGGUCCGACUCGACAAAGAACAACGCGAACUAGCGAUCCAAGACGAAGGCGUGUUGUCAGCAGCAAUUGAACGUGAAUCGAGCCGCACUCCUGGGGGAUUACCUCCUCAACCGAAAGCAUCAAUUUUCAGAGGGCUGUGGGCCAUAGAGCGAGUAUGAUCUAACAAUAAAGAUAUAUCGCAACAUAUCUAUAUCCUCCCAGCAUUUAAAAACAUUCAAGAUAUUCUACGCCAACGUAGAAUAAUAUUUUCAUAUAGACUAGACGCUAUAUUU